GGGUGGGAGGGGCGGAGGGCGGUGGGCAAGGCCGGCAAGAGCUACCAGUACCGGGUGCAGGUGUCGCCCUACGACUGCACCGGCUGCGACGUGCCCUUUGUCGACGCGCUCGACCGCGGCCAGGCCCGCCUGUGGGACUUUGCCGCCGAGCGCCUCCCGAUCCGGAGCGAGGUCUACCCCAAGGAGUCGCUCAAGGGCAGCCACGGCGCGUGCGCCGGCUGCGGCGAGACGCCCGUCGUGAAGCUGCUCACGCAGUUGUUCGGCGACGAGCUCUACAUCGCCAACGCGACCGGCUGCUCGAUCGUGUGGGGCGGCAUGUUCCCGUGGAGCGCCUACACGACCAACGAGCGGCCCGGCCUGGGGCCACUCCCUGUUCGAGGACGCGGCCGACGCGACUUGGCCGCCGGCGCAUAUGCGGCCGAGCACCCGGUGCUGGCCGAGCUCCUGCGGCGGUGGGACGCCGCCUACGACGACCGCACGCAGAGCCCGAGCCUGGCGGCCAAGCGCCCGCCGCCGCCGCGCCUGCACGCCGAGCGCCACAUGCUCGCUCGCAAGACGCAGUGGAUCAUCGGCGGCGACGGCUGGGCCUACGACAUCGGCUUCGGUGGGCUCGAUCACGUGCUGGCCUCGGGCGAGAAGGUCAACGUGCUGGUGCUCGACAACGAGGUCUACGCCAACACGGGCGGCCAGGCCUCCAAGGCCACGCCGCGCGCGUCGCAGGUCAAGUUCGCCAACGCGGGCAAGACGGCGGCCAAGAAGGACCUCGGCGCGAUGAUGAUGCAGUACGGCAACGUCUAUGUGGCGUCGAUCUGCCUCGAGGCCAACCCGGACCACGCCGUGCAGGUCCUGGCCGAGGCCGAGGCUUUCGACGGGCUCUCGCUCGUCAUCGCCUACGCGCCCUGCAUCGCCCACGGCAUCAAGUACUCUCACUCUCUUCACCAACUCGCAACACGCGCACACGUACUCACUCCGUGUGUCGUGACAGACCAUGACGUCAGCAACAACCUGUAA